AUGACCGAGAUGAGCUUCCUCAACAGCGACUUGUUGUGGGGGGAUUUGUUGUCCCCCUUCAACCAGUCGGGUUUGGGGGCUGAGGAAAGCCUGAGCCCCUUAGAUGACUACCUGGAGGAGGCCAAGCCCUUCAAAUCGCAUGGGUUCUCCAGCGACAAGGCUAAGGCAGCCUCUUCUGAUUGGCUGGCUGUGGACAGUUUAGUUACUGCCACAGACUUUGGCAAGGAGGAUGCCUUCUCAGGCAUGGAUUGGAUGGUGGAGAAAAUGGAUCUGAAGGAGUUUGACUUUGAUGCCCUCUUGGGUAUGGAUGACCUAGAAUCCAGCUGCUCUGAGCUUAUGGCCACGUUGGAAGGCUCUUGUGAUCUAUUCGACCCCCUGGCAACUAAUGAUAAAGAGACCCCAUUAACAGAAAAUUCAAUUGGCCAAUUCCCAGAAACUUCACUUGAAGCUGAUCAUGUUGCCCCCCUCCCCUUCCAUCAGUCUUUUCCCCUUUCUCUAAGGCCCCUGACCUCCACUCCAGACCAUUCUUUUAGUUUAGAACUAGGUAGUGAAGUGGAUGUCUUGGAAGGAGACAGAAACCCAGAACUUGGUUAUGUGAUGAUGCCCAAGGGUAUCAAAGAAGAAGAAGCUCCUUCAGAUAAUGAUAGUGGAAUUGGAAUCUGUACGAGCCCAGAGUCCUAUCUCAGUUCUCCCCAGCACAGCCCCUCCACUUCCAUGGGCUCUCCUAAUGAGAGUCAGCUCUGCUCAGAUCCCAUCUUUCUCUCUGCCCACCCCAAGCCAUAUGACCGCCCCCUUGAGGACAAAAAAGAGAAAAAGGUAGAUAAAAAGCUAAAGAAAAUGGAGCAGAAUAAGACUGCUGCCACCCGUUAUAGACAGAAGAAGAGGGCAGAACAGGAGGCGUUAUCUGGGGAGUGCAGAGAACUAGAACAGAAGAAUGAGGCUCUGAAGGAGAAGGCAGAUGCCCUAAGCAAGGAAAUCCAGUAUUUGAAGGACUUGAUAGAAGAGGUCCGUAAGGCUAAGGAGAAGAGGAAAAAUUCUUAAGUUGAUGGGUAGUCAGAUUCUUUUGUUUUUGUGUGUAUAUAGGUGUCUUGUGCUGUUAGUUCAAUAAAUUAUUUUGUAGUAAAA